GCUGUCAAACCAGCAAUAACAGUCGAGUAAAUUCUCCUACACGUACAAUGUUUAUAUAUAUUUUUUUGCAGCUUGAAGUUGAAGUAGUUUUUGCCAGCUUCCGCUUCGGAUGUCUUCUUAAUCCCCUCUGGCCACCGGAAGCUCUACAUAAAGCCGAGGUUGCAAAGUGCGUCACUGCGUGGAUCAACUGACAACGAGCCCGAAGUCCAGCACCGACACUCUCCCUUCUCCUGUUUGUACAAGAUACCCCGAGCUGACGUUUCCACUCCAGCAUGGUGAAGAUUGCUUUUAACGCGGCUCUGGCGCAGAAGGCGCUGGGCAAAGAGGGGCUAGCCGCUGACAAGGAUCCGGAGCUGGCCUCUGGUCCAGCGGGCAGCGAGGGCUCCACAGGUCGCUGCCUGCUCACCCUGCUGGGCAUCGCCUUCAUCCUCAGCGGGCUCAUCGUUGGAGGAGCAUGUCUCUAUCGAUAUUUCACCCCGAAGAGACUGUACCACGGUGCCAUGCAGUUCAGUGACGUGUCGACCGGAGCUGGAGGAGAGAGCCAGCCGUACUACCUGCCACGGGUGGAGGAAGAGGUGGAGAUCUCAGACAGCAUGGCCGUCAUCAGCGUCCCCCCUCCCCGCUUCAGACCCGGGGACCCUGCCUACAUCCUCCAUGACUUCAACAGGAAACUUACGGCGUACCUGGACCUGACUCUGAGGACCUGCUUUGUGAUUCCUCUGAACACGUCCGUGGUGCUCCCCCCUCAGGACCUCAUCGACCUCUUCUCCCAGCUGAUGUCCGGGUCUUACCGCAGCUACUUGGUGCACGAGGACCUGGUGGUGACGGAGCGCAUCGACGACGUCAAGCCUCUGGGCUUCUACAUCCGCCGGCUGUGUGACGGAAAGGAAACGUACAGAAUGCAGCGCCGCUCCAGCCUGCCAGGUGGAGGCAUCCACAAGCGCUCCGCGGACGACUGUUUCACCAUCCGCCACUUUGAGAACAAGUUUGUGACGGAGACCAGGAUCUGCAAGGCCUGAUGGGAACGCAUAGGUGCAUAGGUCAGGAAGCGAGAGACAGAGAGAGAGAGAGAUAGUGAGAGACAAAUGUUGGGGACAGCGAGUGAGAGAGUGAUGGGGAUAAACAGAGCGACGGAGGGAUUAGGCGAAGAAGGGAACAGCUUUCAGCAGAAAGUUACUUUUGUAUUAAACUCUUAACUCCAGUUUUUGCCUCCCCUGUGAUAAGUGAAUUUAAGUUUCAGCGUUAAAUAGCCUAACCCCCCCCCCCCCCCUCCCCCCGUACCUGUAUAAGUCAUAGCACUUUCGCUGAAGUAUACACUAGUUAGUCUCGUACUAAUAAUCAGCUUUCUUACUAAGAAUAUACUAUAAGUUUCAUUUGUUCUGUUGGUUUGUGUUCUGUUGCCGUAGCUACCUGCUGAAUUACUUUAUCGUCGUUACUGUAUUACAUCUUCUCAUGUCUAGACAAGAGUUGUUAGUCCUUCUACUGAAUAUCCUAGUGAUGCUGAGAAGUCAUCCAUAUCAGACGUGUGUGUGUGUGUCCGCCCACUGUCCCCCUUCUUAACGGGGUUUAUAGAGCAGCCUUGAUAAGAUAUACUAUAUGUUAUAGUGUGACAUAGCACAAGUCACCCAGGAAAUGUAUGGUACAGUUAUAGUUACAUUACACAUGUAACAUGGUUGUCCGUGUCUGUAAUGGAUGGCCAGAGAUCUCUGUCACCCCUUGUUGUAGAUAUUUCCCAGAGGCCUCUGCUGUCCUGCUGUGUGACGAUUUUAUGUUAUUAAUUAAGGUGAGCAGUCCGACACGUUAUGACUUGUGUAGAAAUAUCAUUUGUGACAAUAAACUUGAAGGAUGGUUAAUGAGCUAAAGGGAGAUUUCUCCAAAUUUGCAAACACAUUCUUUUUUCAGUUUUUCAAUUAUCAUUUAUGAAUUUAUAGUCCCAUAAUGUGAGAUUACCUUUACUGAAGUAGCUGUGAUAAGCAGCCAGGCUGCUCAAAGUUUGCAGAACUCUAUAUAUUUAAAAAAAAAUCAUCACAGGAACAGUGUUUGUAAAAAUCCUUCAAUGAAUCUGCAUGAAGCAAUUGUUCUUUUAUUUAGAAAAACCCUAAAGGAAUAUAAAGAAUAGGCCUUUUGCCAAAUAACUUCAAGUCAUUUUUCAGUGAUUUCCUGCACAAAAAGACAAUCAGACAGAUGUGUGUGUGUCCAGAUGUUUGUCUCGGCUUUUUAACACUGCUAGAAGAUUAGAUAAAAGCCAAUGUUGUGUGCAGCUACUGAAAUGAAUUCACUUUGUUGCUGAAUAAAGUGGCAUUUCUUUACCUACU